AUUUUAUAAAAGGUAUCACACCCCUCGCAUUAUAUUCAUUGGUCUCUAAAAAAAACUUACAUAAGACGAAUUCCAACAUUUAAUUUACAAAAAUGAUCGUGGAUCUAAAGUACAGCAUACUUUUUGUAGUUUACGGUAUUAUGAUAUUAAAUCGUACGACUACAUCAGAAAGUAAUAAUAUUUUUAUUUUUUUUUUGUCUAAUUAUGUAAUUUAUUUUUUUUGUUAAUUAUAAAUUAAUUAGCAUAUUAUACUAGUAGUAAUUUUAUUAAAUAUCAUCAAAAUUAAAAUAAACUUUAAACAUUAUUAAUUUACAGCAAUAGAUCCUGAAUUAUCUGCGAGUUUGUAUUUCAAUGGAAUGAGUAAGUUCGGUUUAUAAAAAGACCAGGUUUUUAUGAUUACCAAAACAUAUAACACUAUAACAGUGUAUUAUUUAGGUAUGUGAUUAAAGCUUAGUUAUACCAACCGACCAAGAAUCUGUUAAUAGUUUACUAACUCCUGUAAAUUAUAAUGGCUCUAUAACAUACAACAGUAUUGCUCAUAAGAAUUUUUAAUUAAUUUGAGUGUAGGUAAAUGUUAGGUAAAUCCUAAUUAUAGGUAAUACUAACCACGAUUAUCGGAUAAAUUAAAUUAUUUAUAUUUGAUAACCCUGCCACCAGCAGCGCACCGUUCGAUUAGAGUCCGAGACAGAAAGCGCCAAGCAUAGAAUCAGCUAUGGCUAAUCCGUAUCGCUCAGGCGUCGCGGCUUCGUCUGGCUCAGUUCAACCGGUGUCAGGUGAAGUCUGCGGCACUGAGCAUGUGGGCAACGCAGAAAACGGCUUGACGUGAUUGCGCUCUAAGAGCUCUCAUACAUCUCAUGGCGGGGUCCGCGAUCUCAGCUCGGGCGUCACGGUAAUCACGAACGGAAGCACGGCAGACACGCUUUCGGCGGCCAUCGUCGUGUUACGUUCCCAGACGUAACACGUAAAAAAAAAAAAUAAAUACAUUUCUUUGUAAAACUAUAAACUUCUUAGCUUCACGCUGAAUCUAAAACUCGUAAAUAUCAAAUGCCUAUAUAUAGUUCAGAAAUUGCUAGUGUUUAGAAAAUUUGACCACAUUUAGAAAAGACGGGUAUGGCCUUUUCUGCCAAAAACGAAAAAAGUUCGAUUACCAUUUCCGCGAAAAUGUAUUUUAGUGUAAAGACGUUUCCGUCAAAUACAGGGAACCAAGUACUUAAUUAUGUACAAUCACGUUAUAAUAAUGAGUCAAAUAAUACAAUUAUUGGAAAAGGGUUGUGGCAGAAACGACCAAUAGUAUUAUAGUGGAAACGGGUAUCACCCAUAAAAUACUAAUAUAAGUGUUCUCUGAAACUUUGAUAAAAAAAAAUAAUAUUUAAAUUAAUAGAAUCGUUAAUACUGUGAAUUUCGCCGGUUUUCCUAUAUUUUUUUCUCGAAAUUUUCCAAUAGUUAAGAAAACUAUAAACAAAAUCAAAAAUGACAACAUUUUUUCACAAAAAUAUGUUGACAUUCGGAGGAAGAUUUCUUGUAGAAAAGUUGUGAACAGACAGAAAAAAAGUUGCAUACAUCAUGGUAUAAUCAAUUGCUCCGUUCAAAAUCUAAAAGCACAUUUUCCAUUAUAAAACAAAAAUAAUUCUUGCUAUGCUCAGAAUCUAAAAAUUACAUUGACUCUCGAAACAAAACAAAUUAUAUUUGUAUUAUUUUUUUAGGCGCAGAUGAAAUUGAAAAAAUUAUAUUUUCUAAACCAUUGACAUUAAUUUAUUUCAAUUCACAUGGAUUGGCUGAACCACUUAGACUUAUAAUGUAUUAUGCCGAAAUUAAAUUCACAGACAAUCGGAUAUCCGAAGAAGACUGGUAUAACAAGUAUAAAAAACGUAGGUUAUUAUAAUAAUAUAUCAAUAUUUGAUCGGCAUAAAUCUUGCAAAUAAUAAAAAAAAAAUUAUGAAAUUUCAAGUCUCUAUGAAUAUUUUUAAUUGAAUUACAACAAAAAAACAAAAUUAAACAUAAUAAAGGCAUUACUAUUUUCCUAAAUAUGUCCGUUUUUUUUCUGUUUUGCUCAAUUAUUAAAAAAAUAAAAGGGUUAAUAAAAAACAAAUUUCUUAUUCACCAACCAAAUUGAAAGUUCAACAAAUAAGUUACUUGUCGUUUUUCUAUUGGAGCAAUAUUUCUAGUAGCAAAUGUAAAUCGUAAAAAUUGAAAAUAAUGAAAUCGUACACCGUAAAUUUGUUUUAAAUGUUUCAUCUAUUUCCGGUUUUCCCAAUAUUAUUAAAAUUACUUGAAAAAUCCAAAAUAUAACAAAUAUGGUCUCGUGUUAUUUUUCGAUUGGAGCAAUAUUUCUAGAAGAAAAUAUAGUUCACAAAAAUUAAAAACAAUGAAAUCGGUAAUGCUACGGUAAAUAUUUGCCGUUUUACCUAUAAUUUUAUUUUCGGUUUUAUCCAAUUACUUUUAAAACCACUUGGAAAAUCAAAAAAAUGACCACUUUAUUGCACCAAUUUACACAUCGGAUUUUUUUUGAAAAGUUGUUUCAAGAUAAAAAGAAAUACAAAAACACAUAUCACAAUAAACUAUAGAUUCCUCGCUACGCUCCAAUUUAAAAACUACUUACUUAUUACGUUAACAUAACCUCAGCACUCGGGAUCAUUAAUUUUAUCAAAUUUCAAAUUUUAACAGUGCAGUAUUAUAUACUUUAUUUUGUAGAAUUUUGUACAACCCUUAAAAUUCAAUUUCAUCUCACAGGUGCUGCGGUAACGUGUACAAUUUUGUACUAUUUAUAAAUCAUCGCUAUGACGAUUCUUUCAGGGAAAUGAUGGUCAAAACAUUAAAUAAUUUUAAAACCAAAUAUUAUUCAAUUUUAUGGUCAUCCAAAGCAAAAGUUAUUACAUUGAUUGUAUAGUAGUAUUAAUAAGGGGAUCGAAGCUAAUAAGCCUAAUACCUACAUUUCUGGUGUUUUCCCGUUUUUCCUCAGUGUUUUUUGGUUUUUCGCAUUUUUUGAGAAAACUCCUGGGAAAAUCGAAAAAUGAUCUCCCAAAAUACCACUCCAUAAAAAUAUCCUUUCAGAAAAGGAUCUACAUCGUAUACAUUUGAGUGUAAGCUUUCUGGUAGAAAAAGUGUUCAGAUAAAAAAAAAUAUAUCUUUGUAAAACCAAUACAUUCUUCGCUACACUCAGAAUUUAAAAAACUUUGAAUUAAGUGUAAGUAAAAUUUGAAAUUUUAACAUUCGACAUGACAAAUAUAUUACUAUUUUAUAAUCAUACUUAAACAAAGAUCAAGUGUUAAUGCAGUUAAUAAAAUAAACAGUAAAACUGUAAUCGGAGCAAGAUUUCUGGUAAAGAAUUGCGCACAGAUAAAAAAAAAAUCAUCUUUGUUAAACCAUAAGCUUCUUCGCUUCACUCAGAAUCUAAAAUUAGUAAAAGAGGGUAUGGAGGAGAAGCUCCCCAAUGGAUACAUUGAGUUCAAUGAUUUAAAGAGACACAUAUUUUUUUAAGUCUUAAAGCCACUUUUAUUUUAUUUUUCCAAUUCAAGCAUUAUUUAACCACGAUACACUGCAAUUAAAAAUUAAAAGCUUAACAUUACGCGUUUAUGCUAUACUAUACUUAUUGCAGAAUACGGGUGUCUAUCAUUGAAGAUAAAAUUAUAAUUUAUCAAUUACAUUAGCAAUGUAUUAACGAAUGAAAAAUCUUAAAAUCAAAUGUAUUGAAAAUCUUCGUAAACUAAUCUAUAAGUCAUUAUAAAAUAUUACUUACUUAUAUUCAAUACUAUAAUUUUAUUUUAUUUAUAAGUCAUGCCAUUUGGUCAAUUACCAGUGUUGAAAAUUGAUGUCGAAGAUAAUAAGUCAAUUUAUUUGCAUCAAAGUCUCGCCCUAUGUCGUUAUAUAGCAAAAUUUGCCAAUUUAGUCGGAGAUAAAAGUCCAUGGACUAUGCUACUUAUUGAUAAGGUCGUUGGAAAUAUAGAAGAUUUUCUCCAAGGUAAGUAAAAACGUUGUUCAAUAAUCUACACAAAACUAACCUUGUUAGUAACUUUAAUUUUGAUUUAUUUUUGAAGAAUUUAAAAAAGUAUAUUAUGAAAAGGACGAAACCAUUAAAGAAAAAUUAAACUAUGAUUUAAUACAUACUAAAAUUCCAUUAUUUAUGACCGAAUAUGAAGAAAUAGCUGAAAAAAAUGAUGCACAUUUUGUCCAAGAAAAAGUAAUUUGAAUUAUUUAUUUAUUUUAUACCUAUGUAUGAAAAACUAUGACGAAAAACUUAUAUUUGCUUUUUCUAAAUGUGGUAAAAUUAAAAAAAAAAAUUGCUUCAUUUUCGAACUAAUUAUAGACAUUUUAAUUUUGCAAGUUUUGUACGUAAUUUUUUCGGUAGGUAAUCUGUGGAUAAAAUUUUUAGAAUAAACAGAAAUGCUUGAAAAUUUAACUGGAGGUUUCUUAAAUGUCGUACUUAGCGGCCGAAAAAUAUAGUUCAAUGUAGUAUUUUUUUUUUUUUUUUUUUUUUUAUAAAUUUUAAAAUCAAAUUUUGACAUAUAAUCGUAAAUAUUACUGUAUUUUUACAGCCGAAACAUGUAUAACCGAGCUUUGUUCCGAAUCGUUUUUCGUUAUCCAUUGUUUAUCGUUGGUUACAGAUAUAAAAUAAAUAAAUGUAUGCAUCCUAUUUUCUCCACUCUAUACCCACCCACAACAGUGGCCGCACACGUCCCCAAUAUCAGAUCUUUUUUGAAUACUACAUGUAUGGGUAGAUAUUCAAAAAUGUUUUAACACUAAUAAUUUUAUUAAUAUAUAAGUACCUAUUGUUUUUUACAGCUGACAUGGGCCGAUAUUUAUGGUGUAGCUAUAUUUGACUUCAUGGGAAAAUUACUAAAUAUUGAUAUGUAUGAAAAUAAACCAGUUCUAAGAAGACUUCGAGAAAAAGUAUACAAUAUCAAGAAGAUCAGUGAGGCAUUAAUUCAAAGAUCGAAAAUUAUGAUUUCUGUACCUGAAAUCCUAUUUCCAAGUGUAGACCAAAUAUGCGCCGCGUAAUAAAGUGAGCGUAAUUUAAAAAUAAAAAAAAAUAUACCUAAUCGUCAGAUUGGGUGACAUAAAAUAAAUGUAUUAGUCAUAUCAAAUUUUAAAUUAGGUACCCAUCUAAUAAUAUAUUAUACUAUGUAUUUCUUUUUUGGAUUAUAAUACUUAUGAAAAAUGUUGCAAUACUUAUAUGUUCAAAUAAAAGAAUUACCACCAG